AUGGAAGAGGGUGCGAAGGUAUGGGCCUCUGGCGGCGAGCGGCUGUGGGAGUCCGGGACAGUAAAAAAGAAGACCGCAAUAGGCGACAGCUUCGACAUUGAGGUGGUCCUAGACGUGGGAGGGAAGCAGGUCUACACGGUGUCCGGGCGGGACGAAGACGAUAGCAAGAAUCUCAAGCUCCGGAACGUGGCUGGUCAAUCAUCGGUCAUCGAAGGACACGGCGUGGCUGAUCUUACCUCGCUCACCUACCUGCACGAGCCGGCCAUUUUGUUCUCGCUCAAGGAGAGGUACGGGAGGAACACCAUCUACACCUACACGGGACCGAUCCUGCUCGCGGUCAACCCGUUCAAGGCCGUCGAUCUGUACACCGAUAAGCUCCUCAAGGCGUACAAGGUGGAUGGCGAGCGUAGGUCUUACGACCCGAACUUCGUUGAGACCAAGCCUCCCCACGUCUACGCCAUCGCGGACAAGGCGUACCGCAACAUGACAACACCUGCGACGGAGUACGGCCAGCGCUCGCAGUCUAUCAUGGUCAGCGGGGAGUCCGGCGCGGGCAAGACCGAGACUUGCAAAAUCAUCAUGAAGGAUGGAGGGGCUAUGAAGUACCUGGCCAUUCUCGGCAAUGCCGCCGGUGACGACAACAAGCUGGGCACCAUCGAAAAAAGGGUGCUUAAGUCUAACCCCAUCCUGGAGGCGUUCGGUAACGCCCGCACCGUCCGAAACGACAACUCCAGCCGCUUCGGCAAGUACAUCCAGCUUCUCUUCAGCGACAGGGGCAAGCUCGCCGGGGCCGCCAUCAAGACGUUCUUGCUGGAGAAGAUCCGUGUGGUGAAGCAGUCCAAGCUGGAGCGCAACUACCACAUUUUCUACAUCAUGGCGGCCGGGGCGUCUCCCAAGGACCGCGAGAACUGGGAGCUACAGCCGGCCGGGAGCUACCACUACAUGAACCAGUCGGGCUGCUAUGACCGCCGCGACGGGGUCAAGGACAUCGAUCUCCACGUGGAACUCCAGGAGGCAUUCUCGACCAUGGGGUUCGACAAGGCGGCGCAGAACGACUGCCUCGGAUGCGUGGCGUCUAUCCUCGCCCUCGGCAACCUUGAGUUCGAGGAAAUCCCGGGCGCUCGGGAUGACCAGCAACAGGCGCGUUUGAAAGAGAGCUCCCUUGGGGCCAUGAAGACGGCGGCCCGGCUGCUGGGGGUGUCGGCCGACACCCUCUGCCACUGCCUCACCGCCAGGGAGGUGACCGCGGGCACCACCCAUGUCACCAUCUUCCUAACUCCCGAGCAGUCCGCGCACGCGAGAGACGCCAUGGCCAAGGCCCUCUACGCCGCCACCUUCUCGUGGGUGGUGGCCCACACGAACAAGAGCAUCCAGGGGGACGACGCAUCGGCGGCGGCGGCGGUUGCAGACGGGGUAGGUGGGGCGGCGGUGGCGGCGGCGGGCGUGAACGGCGGGGCGGAGUUCAACACCGACAAGAUGUUUAUCGGGCUGCUGGACAUCUUCGGCUUCGAGGUGUUCGCAGAGAACUUCUACGAGCAGUUCUUGAUCAACUACGCCAACGAGGUGCUGCAGCAGCAGUUCAACGACUUCGUCUUCCGGCAGGAACAGGAGGAGUAUCGCCGCGAGCAGCUGGAGUGGACCUUCAUUCACUUCCCGGACAAUGUGGACUGCAUCACCCUCAUCGAGAAGAAGCCGAACGGCAUCAUCCCUACCCUCGACGAGCAAUGCAUCAUCGGCAGGGCAACGGACGAUCGCUUCGCCCGCGAGCUCUACAAGAAGAGCGAGAACAACAGCAGGUUCUUCGUUUCGCCCAAGAUGCGCGUCGACCACCUCUUCGGCAUCAAGCACUACGCCGGGGACGUGGAGUACGACACUAGGGGCAUCAUCGAGAAGAACAGGGACAACCUGCCACAGGAGGGUGUCGACCUCCUCAUGUCCUCGGAGAUCCCCUUCACCGUGCUCCUCGGCGCGAUAGAGGCCAACAAGAACGAAGCCCCUAAGGAGAGCUCUCCUAAGUCCACGGGGCGCCGCGGAGGAGGGGGCGGCCGGAGCACCAUCGGGGCGAAAUCCCUAGGAACCCAGUUCAAGGAGAACCUGAACAACCUGCUGGGUGUCGUCAACCUGACGCACCCUCACUACGUCAGGUGCAUCAAGCCCAACGACCAGCUGAUCCCCGCAAGGUUCAACUACGUCCGCAUCGCCGAGCAGCUCAGGAACGCCGGCGUCCUCGAGGUCGUCCGCGUGGCGAGGGCCGGGUUUCCGGUCCGCCUCGGCCUGCACGAGUUCGUCGAGCGUUAUGCUCUCCUCGGCGCGCGGGUCGUCGAGGCGGCCUAUCGGAGGGCGGUCCACGACGCGGAGCUGGACCAGGAGCGCUCCGUGUGCAAGGCUCUCAUCAUGGCCAUCCAGGCGGUUCAGUCAGGGUAG